AUGAAAGCGGAGAGUUCGUGGGCCAUUCAGAGGGAUGCCCUUUACCCUUUCAACCUGAGCCCCAACAUGCAAAUUUUCUAUGAGCACCUAAUUGUCAUGAUAUUUCCAGCGGUCGCCUCCGACGAUGAAGAACGUCUUAUGAUGGACGUCUUCCGUGGGUACAAUUCCUUGAUUCAGCCAGUGAAAAAUAUCAGCGACACUCCAAUCAUCGUGAAAAUCGCACUGCAACUUGUUUUGCUUAUCAAUGUGGACGAAAAGGAUCAAGUGAUGCAUACAAACGUGUGGUUAACACUAAAAUGGACCACCGAUUUCAAAUGCGUUCGGAAUCCAGUGAAUUACCGGCUGAAAUCAGACAAAUUCCAGUUUGUGCAGCGCCGGACAAAGUAUGGCCUGCCUGACAUCGUUCUGUUCAACAACGCUGACGGUAAUUAUGAGGUGUCGUUCAUGUGCAAUGUCGUCAUAAAUCAUCUCGGUGACAUGCUAUGGGUACCGCCGGCAAUCUACAAGAGUUCUAUAACGAGAACGAGAUUAAACUUGAGUUCGAACAAGCCGAAUGGGUUGAUCUGUCCUGAAUAUGCGCCGUCUUCCAUUUGGGAUGUGAUGGACGCACCAGCUUCGUUGGUCAAUAAACGCAGUCGUAUAGAAUUUCAAGUAAGAAUCAGGAGAAAAACACUUUUCUACACCGUGGUGCUCAUCAUUCCAACUGUGCUGAUGGCUUUUCUCAGUAUGGCAGUGUUCUUCCUACCAACAGAUUCUGGAGAGAAGAUGACACUCACAAUUUCCGUGUUGCUCUCUAUAGUUGUGUUUCUGCUACUGGUCUCAAAAAUUCUUCCACCAACUUCUAGCACUAUUCCACUCAUGGCAAAGUAUCUCUUGCUAACCUUCGUGCUCAAUGUCAUCACUAUUCUUGUUACUGUAAUCAUUAUAAACGUCUAUUUCCGUGGUCCAACCACACAUCGCAUGCCGAAAUGGGUGCGUAAGCUCUUCCUUGAGUGGAUGCCUCAUGCGAUGUGCAUGCAACGACCAAAAUCCCAAGUAAGGAAACCUACUCCUGAGCCUACAGAACCUGAAAUCACCCAGUUACCCGGUUUGGGUCACUUCACCAUCAAUCCAGCCGCGCAUCAUCCUUUCUGCCCGAGUGCUGACGAAAAGUAA